AAACUUAAAAAAUAUAGGAUAUAAUGAAAUUGAUGAUUUUAAUUCACUUAUAAACACAUAUCAUAAAGACCAUAUUGGUGUUAUGGUCACAAAUAAGAAUUAUUCCAAAAAUGCAAAAACCGAAGCAAAAA